CCCACUACGAACCUCCACAGCCACAUCCUGACACCCAAGUAAUAGCAUUGAUCUGCGUCAUUGCUGGACCUAACGGACUUCUUAUCUAGGAAGUCAUUGCAACACUUUAUCACAUCAUCUGUCUGGCUAUUGAUCAAUACUUUGCUGGAGUCAAUUCUUCACCAAUCACACCCCGUCAUUAAUUGUAUCCCUUGUACGUCACAACAUCUAAUCCCGACGUUCGGUUCCUUGUACAUCUAAUCCCUUGCCCCUUAUUUACAUUCCAUCCUUCUCCCAUCAUUGUUAUGAUUACCCGCCAGCGUCGCCACGAGAGCGACGACACGCCCAAAAAAAGCCCCGGAAACUCGCCGCAGGCGUGCACGCUCUCCAAGUCGAAUUCGAUUAAGCUCGAUUACUAUACAAAUAAUCAGAUCUCACGAUCGUUUAACUCAUUGAUUCUUAACGACGACGAGCCCGACGAUACACCGCCGCGUGCGUUCAAACCCAAGAAGUUGUUCAACUUCUCGCACGACCUCGACGAGUACGACCACCUCCACGACUUUAGCAUGACCGAUAACGACUCCGACGACGAGCCCGUGCAAAGGUCCAUCCGCCGCAGCAGCAAGUUCUUGGACUUGUCGCUCGACAAAGAAAACAUGAUUGACGAGUCGACCCCGCACAAGCCCUUUGAGGCCCAUACGCCGCACCAUACGUUCAAGCGGCCACACGGACUCGUCAGCCAGUCACCGUCUCCUUCGCACCUCCGGGCCAGCCCCGACUCUUGCAUUAAGUCGCCGUCGCACUUCUCCGCACGGCUGAAGUUGAGCCGCAACUUGAACCACCGGCUCUUGGAAAAGAGCCCCGCGCGGCUUCGCGUAUCGCCAAGCCACUUCAAAGCAUCCCCAGGCCUCAAAACUUCUCCAAGCUUCAAAGCAUCCCCGAGUCGCUGCAAGGUCUCACCCCACAUCCUCUCGCCCAGCCGUAACAUCACAAACAUAGUUAGGGCCUCUCCGAAAACCGCUUCGCCAUCUUUCGCCAAGGUCAAGAUGCGCAAGAUGCUGGUACCUCCAAACGUGACGUCUACGCCACUCUACAAGACACGGAGCCCAUUCCGGCUCGGCUCACCGUCGCGGAGCUCAGUCAAAACCGCCGCCUUCUCCCUCGACGACGAUCUGUUCGCCAACACAUCUUUGCCUGAUCGCUUUGUCGCACCGAGCUACCAGUUUGCGCGUCCACUACACUCUGCUUUUGUCUCUACAGGAUUACUUAAGAAGAACGGGGUCGUCGCAGUGGUGGAAAAAGCUGUGGUGAAGCCGAUGCCCGAUACCCCAUGCAAGCCGGGGCACCCGACCGCUGCCACCUCCUUGAACGUAGAGGAACUUGUGUCCAGCAGCUUGCAGAACUGCAUUUCACAAUUCACGGAGGAGUUCAACGACGACCACAGCUCUAUCUUUGUCUCUGGGGGUGGAACUCCGUCCGUGAGCACCCGCAAAAAGAAGCACAAGGCGAACUCACAGCUGGAUGCGUUUGGACCCCAGACCCCGACCAAGUUCUCGGUGAAAAAGUCGACGAGCGCGCCGGCAUACUAUCGCGAGCUAUCGAACACCCCGAGCGACCCACGCAGUGCGACACGUGAGUCUCACAAUGAUUCACGCAACGUAUCCGAGUUUCACAACGGGGAGUUCUCGCGCGCGGAGUUUGACCAGACAGGGAACACUACCGCAGAUGUGUCCUUUGUUAACCCUAAGCUCUUGUUGACCGUGAAUGUACCAAGCACACCGUUGCUUCGGUCACUCGGGCCGCGGACGCCGGUGGAACGCACGUUUGUGUCGAAAGCGAGUCUUGGCCAUGCAAACAGCAGCACCGAUUCAUUCGAGCGCGAGCGCGCGGCAUUUAUCAAUGAGUUCGGGCAUCAUGAUGCAAUACUGGCGCAGGAGGUGGACGACACGCACUUGAUCGAAAAGUUCGGGGCGCGCAAUUUGAAGAUGUUGGGGAUUGGCGAGUUUUCGCAGGUGUACGAGAUCAACUUCCACAACGCGCGGUAUGCAAUCAAGCGGUCUAAGAAGCGGUUGGUGGGUAGGGGCGAGCGCGGGCGCUUCCUCAAGGAAAUCGAGAUCUUGCGCACGCUUACAGGGCUCACGGACGACGUGCAGAUGGAGGACGAAGAGGGUAAGGAGUACGUGAUUCGCUAUAUUGAGUCUUGGAACUUUGACAGCCACUUCUACCUCAUGACCGAGUACUGCGAGAACGGCACUUUGUUUGAUUUUUUGCAGGAGAAUGUGAAUGGGAAGUUGGACGAGUUCCGCAUCUGGAAGAUCGUGAUUGAGGUGCUUACGGGCUUGAACUAUAUCCACCAGAACCACUUUCUCCACUUGGACAUCAAGCCAUCAAACAUCUUUGUCACGUUUGAAGGGUCGUUGAAAAUUGGUGACUUUGGGAUGUCCACUGAUAACCCGGUGCCUGCGGGAUUUGACUUGGAAGGUGACCGCAAUUACAUCGCGCCCGAGUUGCUCAACGACAAGAAGUACACCCCGUUGGCGGACAUCUUUUCGCUUGGAUUAAUCGUGAUCGAGGCCGCCGCCAAUAUCAUCUUGCCCGAUAACGGGACCCCGUGGCGCAAGUUGCGCUCAGGCGACCUCUCAGAUGCAGGAAAGCUAUCCUCCGACAACAUCCACGAGUUCUUGAGCCAUAACACAUUGUACAAGUGCACCAGCGCGAGUAACCCCGGACCUAUUUUCUCCAACCCCGGCCCUAUUUUCUCCAACCCCGAGACGGCCACGGACAUUUCCUCCGUAUCGACCACACCAUCAUCACUUUUCCCCAUUGAGGAGGUCAAAAGCGGAGAGAUUUCGCCACCGGCCGUUCCUAAGUGGGCACCUGAAUUUCUCAUCAACAACUCCAUGAAGUUAGACCGGUUAGUCCGGUUGAUGGUCAGCCCAAAUCCUUACGACAGACCAACCGCGAAAACUAUUUUGAGCACCCCGGAGUGUUUGCUCGUGGAGAGGCGGCGCAAGUCCGGAGCGUUGAUCUACGAGGGCGAGUUCGGACCGAACCCGCACAACAAGUAGAUGCUAUUAUUAAAGGUUUUUGUUUUCUGUGAAUAUUUAUGAAUGUUUUAAUUUUCCUUUUCCCACUCCGGUUUCGGAUUUUUAUAUAAUGGCGGUACUGGU